AUGCGGCCGCCGACGGGACGUCGUCGCGAAGCGCCGAAGCAAAUACGUUCCCAGAAAUCCGCAGCAGAUUCCAUCCCGGAGGUGCGGGUCGGUGGUGCACGGACCUCCUUCGGCCCGUGCGGAGGAACCGAACCGGCCGCUGGAAACGACGGUUUAAAACCCUCGUCACCUUUUCCCUCUUGCUUUGUCGACAGAGCAUCCGUCUCGUCUCGGAAUCGGUUCAGCUUGUUCAAGUUGUGCUUCGUCGUGAGGCGCUGCAUGAGCACUCGUUACCACGCGCGCCUUCAGAUUUGCAGUAUUCUUUACUGGGAGAGCUCGCAAAGAUCGCUUAAAACCCACACGGUGAGUGACAUUUGGCUGACGAGCCCCCUCAGAUCUGACUCAUUACGACCCUUAUCAGUAUAUCCUCCCUGGCAAUUGAUAUCAGCCAGCCCUCUCUCCCAAACCACUGCUCACUUUAGCACAUUGUGA